AUGCAACUAAAAAAGGCAUAUAUCACACCAAGAGGCCCAAGAUUUACAAACCAAGAACAAAUUUUGUGCCUGACAAAAUAUAUGCAAAGUCAAAAAGGCUAUAAAUUGUUACAAAGAUUGUUUGCAUUGCCUUCAAUACGGACAAUUCAGAAAAUCCUAAACAAAAUAACCAUUAAGCCUGGAAUAAAUGAUAUUGAUAUGGAACAUCUGAAAAAAGCUGUAAAAAAAUUACCAUUAGAAAAAAAAUUAUGCACACUCAUAUUUGAUGAAGUGGCAUUAAGGCCCGGGUUAUACUACAACACAACUGUGGAUGAAAUAAUUGAUUUUGAGGAUUUUGGGCCUCAGAAAACCGAAAAGAUUGCUGACCAUGCACUCGUGUUUAUGAUCAAAAGUCUGAAAGGGAAAUACAAGCAGCCCAUUGCUUUUACAUUUUGCCAGAGUGCUACAAAAAGUACACAAUUAAAGAAACUUAUACAAGAGAUACUAAAAGCUGUACAAAGCACCGGCUUAAAGGUCAUUGCCACUGUGUGUGAUCAAUCUUCCACAAAUAUGAGUGUCAUAAAAAGCCUAAUAAAUGACACGAAAAGGAAAUAUUUAUUGGAAGACAAGGAGUUCAAAAGUUUAGCCUUUGAAUAUAAUGGAAGUAAGAUAUUCCCAGUAUUUGACCCACCACACCUCCCUAAAGGAUUGAGAAAUAAUCUUCUCACAAAAAAAUUGAGAUUUAUUCAGAAUGGUGUCGUCAAAACUGCUAAAUGGGAGCAUUUGCAUGCUGCUGGAUGCUGA